AAAAAAUGCUCAAUAUUCUGUACCGUCCGCAGCGCAUGCGCAUAGUAUAUAAACCAACAGCUGCUUCUACAGGCAUCAGUCUCUUGACUAGUGUUACACUAACAGCACCAUCAUGAAAUUCCUGAUUGUCGUCGCUCUGUCCAUGGCAGCGGUCUGCGCUGAGGAGGCCAAGAAGACCGAGAAGCGAGGCCUCAGCAGCCUAGGCUAUGGUGGGCUAGGCUACGGUGGACUCGGCUACGGAGGCGGCUACGGCGGAGGCUACGGCGGACUCGGCUACGGCGGAUACGGAGGAUACGGCGGAUAUGUCGCCCCUGUAGCCGUCAGCAAAGUAGCUUACACCACUAAUCACGGAGGAUACGGCGGAUACGGAGGCUAUGGAGGCUACGGCGGAUAUGGCGGAUACAGCGGCGUCGGCGGAUACGGCGGUCUUGGUGGAUACUCUGGCCUAGGAGGCUACGGUGGAGGCCACGGUAGCGGCUACUACGGCUCCCCCAUCGGUUACGGAAGCUACGGAGGAUACUCCGGCUACGGCGGAUACGGACACGGUCUGGGAGGAUACGGCGGAUACCACUAAACUACCUCUGCAUCACUCUUCCAACGGCCUGUCCACGACUUUGACGCUAUGAAGGACAGCGGCGCGGCAAGCGGCAACAACUGUAUAAUGAAACACGCAACAAAACAGCCGUUGUUUAUGUCGUCGAUCUAGUCUUUCGACGGCUCGCCCUAUCUCGCCCGCUCGCCGCUCCGCUCAAAGUCGUGGAUGGGCAAUAUUGUGUUCAUCAUCCAAAUCGAUUUAAUACUCGACAAAUAAGGCUAUGGAUUUUAAUUAAAAUCCCUAGAUUUUUAAUGAGAGCUUGCCAUGACACUUAUUUUUAUAACAUCUUGAAUAUGUUGCCUUGAAGUUACCUCGUAUAAAAAUAUUUGUAUAUGUGAUAAUUUAACAACGAAUUUCCCUGCAACCCUUUGUAAAUAUGUAAUAAAUGAUUUGAUAAAUAUA